AUGGGGGAAUUGCUGCAACUACUGAGGACGUUCGUCCACCUGGUCGAGUCGGACACGAAUAUAGAGCUGGGAGAGAAGAGUGAAUUCCUGAGAGGAACCUUCAGCAUCCUGGAGCUAAAUGAGAACAGCAAACAACAGCUGGACGAGCUCAAGGCCAAGUUCCUGCGGAUCCGGAAGGAGAUGAACGGACUGGACAAUGCUGAGUUCGAGCAGGCGCUGAUGCCCAUGCUGGCCAAAGGCGUCAGCACCAACCACAUCCAGACCACCUUCAUGAAGAUGGACCCUUGCGACGAGGGCCAGGUCACCUGGAACGAUUUCAUCAACUUCGCCAUUGAGGAACACAGCAAACGUCUGCAGAUGAGAGGCACCAUGGAUGAAAUGCCCUUUGCUCCGGAUGUGAUCACCAUCAAACACCAACACAAGGACCCCAUCACCAAGAUCACAUUCAUGCCUACUGUUGAUGUCAACACCAAACACAUCGACUGGGGCAUCGGUAAAUAUCUGGUCCUCAGUCGGGAGGGCAUGAUGUCCGUGUGGUCAUCUCGGAUGAGAAACAAGGGUUACGCCAACCUGACAUCACGUGACCGGAAGGACGGGUCCUGGUACACAGAUAUGGUGGCUAUGUACCACAACAAUUUCAUCUCUGUGGCCACCACGGCUCGGGACAUCUCCUUCUAUGACUACACCCAGCAAGGCUGGACCAAGAAGUACUGGUUGCGACGUCUGCCUCACUGUGUCACCUGCAUGAGCUACUGGGCAGGUCUGGAGAUUGAACAGGUAGCUGUGCUACUGUGGGGCGACACCUCAGGCUCGGUGUCCAUUCUGGAGUUUGACCUUUCGCAGAUGUCGCCCAUGUUCGGUGUACGGAUCAGAGAAGUCUGCAACGAGUUGUGGUAUUCUGACCUAGUCAAGGGCGAGUACUCGUUCGUCACUCUUAGGAUGUACAAAGGCAUACACAAAAACUGGAUUAAGGAGGUCAAGUACAUCCCACAAGCCAACAGCUUCGUCUCCUGCUGCAUGGACGACAGCACCGCCUUGUACAUGAGUCACGUGGACACCAGCAAGAAAGCGCCCACCUACUUCGCUUGCUACAAGGGUGUUCUUUGCUUCGACUACAGUCAUGAACUGAACAUCCUUGUAGCGGCAGGUAUCGAUUGCAACAUUUGGAUGUACAACCCGUACAUCCCUCACAAGGUGGUCGCCGUCUUGGAAGGUCACGUCCGACCCGUGGCACAUGUGAAGAUCAACGAAGAGGACAAUUACUGCAUCAGCGUAGACCUCAGCAAGACCAUCAUCAUCUCCAACCUGUCGUCUCAGGAGGUCAUCAUGCGUAUUCCAGGACAGACAGUCAGAAUGGGGAACUCGCAAAUCAACACAGUAUAUUUGAACAGUGUUCGCAGGAUGUGUCUCAUGGGGUCGUACGAAAUGUGCAUGCUAAUACGGCAACGUGUGGAGGGGCUAAACGUCGAGGUGAGGUCACAUGACCACAAGCUGGUAGGAGCCCUGUAUAGCACGCCGCUCGAGCAAGUGGUGAGUGUGUGCAGAGGGUCAAUGGUUCGAGUCUGGGAUAUCAUCACCGGCACCAGAGUCAUGCAGUUUGGGAUGGCACACUGUAAGAAAGUCCAGGGUCGCAUGAUUCCUAUAGAGAUCGAGUGCAUCGCCCUGACAGAGAACAAGAAACGCCUGUUCACUGCGGCUGAAGGCACCAUCAAGAUCUGGAACUUCAGCGUCGGAGUCGUUUUGAGGGUGCUGGACAUGAGCCACUGUCAGAAGAUCACCAGUAUUGUCAUGGCCAAGAGCCUUAUCUAUGUUACCGGCUGGAACAAGUACAUCAAUGUCUUCAGCGACUUCAAAGGAGAGGAGGCCCUAAAGAAGUCAUGGCAGAAGAGACACAACGAAGACUGCCUUAGCUUGUGUAUCCUCGAACCCAACCUGAUAGCGUCGUCCUCCUACGAUGGCAGUAUUGUGGUUUGGUCACGGGAGACCACUGAGUCCUAUUGUUUACUCAGUGCCUCCUUCAACCACAAACCAGAGCUGAAUACAGCCGUUAGAGGCGGCGGCAACAAGAAGAACAUUAUGUCAGUUGUCGCCGACCUGGAUCAAGAAAGCGACGACGAGGAGGAGCAGGGGGAGGAUUCAUUCAUGACGAUCGGCAAACACUUGAGGAAAGAGGGAGGUUGGUACCGACUUUUGAGAGCACUGAAGAAACGCCAGAUCGAAAGGGAAAAGAGACGAGCCGCUGCCGAAAGAAAGGACUUCAGCGCCAAGUACAAGAAGAAGAAACGGCGCAUGAACAUGCAAGGGUUGAGUUUGGUGUAUGAGUCAGCGGUAGAGUGCAUGGUGUUCCUGGAGUCCCGUAGACCCAUCGACCCUCAGACGGCCACGCUGGUCGCUGGGGGCGCGGAAUGCUGGCUGAGGUUCUGGUCGUUGCACCCCAAGGGAGGACUGCUCGGACAGUUCACUAGCACCAGGAGGAAGCUGGAGAAUAUCCGCUGCAUGGUCACCGACAAGAACAACGAGUACCUGAUCACCGGCGACACCAUGGGCCUACUCCGGAUUUGGGAUAUCAAAGAGUUCUGUAACGGAGAGAAACUGUCCCCGGAGGAUCGUGAAGCUCGGGAGAAGCGGCUGAAGAAAGAUUUUGUCUACAUUAGAAGCCCAUUCAAGCCCGAAGAAAUCCUAGACACCAUGGAGAGACUUCGGGAGAAACGAAUAUCAGUCCCUGACGCCAGCAAGCCAAGGAAAAACCUCAAGUCUCCUCGACUGUUGAGCAGCGUCAAGUGCCAUACCACUACCAUUGUGUCCGUGGAACUGAUCGAGGACAGGAACCUGAUACUGACCUCGAGCCUGGACCUGACUGUCCGCUUGUGGACCAAGAACUGCACCUACAUCGGCACCUUUGGGGAGACGUGGAAACCACUGCCCAAAACUGUGGCAUCGGUCGUGGAGAAGAAGCCGCGGAUCCCCAAGGACAUUCUCAGAUGUGGCUCGGCAAGAACCUUGUAUACUCUGCACCAUGGUCACUGUCCUCACUGGAAGUCCGCCUGUUACAUGAUCCGUCGACAUAUUUACGAACACCGGAAGGAGAAACAGCUGGAGGAGUCGCGAGGGAAAGUCAAGGCGGAGCGACAGGCCAGAGGCGAGCAGGAAAGCGAGGAGGAGAUAGUGGCAGGCGAGAAGUCUUACAGUAAAGUUUUAGGCAAGUUCUACACGCCGAGAAAACGCUACAUGGGCCCCAUCUCGUUGGACGAGCAAAACCUGCCGGCUCUACGCAUCUUCAGAGGGCGGGCGGCGCCCUACCACUCGACCCCGCCCAAGGACAUCUUCCCGAUGAUUCCCGUACACACGAUGACCACGUUCCUGGACAUCGACUCACGGCGACAGGGUCCAGGCAAGCACCGGCGGGUCACCAAACAGAUGAUGCACCAUUUUAACGCCAUUACCGGAGAGAGCGUCAAGUCGGUGUCCAACGUCCUGUCGUCGGCCUCGGGCAGCGACAGCACUGAAACAACAGGGCCCCUUAAUAGCUCCUUCAACAUGAGCUUCGGUGAACCGACUGGGCCCCAUCGAGUCCAGUUAAUGCCAUCUACAGUAGACCUCUGUGUGUCUGAAUCCCCAGCCGAGUUACUUAAUGUCAUCUACAGUAGACCUCUGAGUAUCUGUGUCCCCAGCCGAGUCCAGUUAAUGUCAUCUACAAUAGACCUCUGUGUGUCUGUGUCCCCAGCCGCGACCAAUCUAAAUGUCAUCUACAGUAGAUUGUGUGUCUGUGUCCCCAGACUGGACAAGCUGCGCGGUGGUGGCAUCCUGGAGGCGAUCAAGGGAAUAGAAAGUACAUACAACAACAGAAGCAGGAACAGAAUGACAACCAUUGGAGAAGACAACUCUAGGACCUUGACCUCAAGUUUAAGCUCCUGUACUGCUUCCGAGGCAAACUCUGUGGAGACCAGGUCGCACUUGCAGUCUGAAUCGAUGAAGUGUGUAGCAGAUGCGCAGUGCCAAGCUUUUACUAGGUGUCGCCAAAGUGGUGGAGCACCCAGUGAAAACACUAGCAUGUUUUUCGACACUAAGGAUGUUGGGACCAGAGGACAGAUGAACAGAUACCCCGACACCCGGUCGUUCAAACCUUUAACGGGUGCAGCCGGUCUGGGAGGGGGGUCAUUGUCUUACAAUCGGGUCGAAGAUGACGACAGCGAUGACGACGACUGCGGCCCUAGUGCCGUGGGUCGGAAAGUCGUCAGACAAGACGAGGGCAAGUUACAGCAGCUGCCCAACGUUCAGAGACCGAAGUGCUACAGCAAACAGUACGGUCCUCGAUUCUCACAUUUACUGUGA